CCAGAUCAAAACUUUGACAGCAUCCGCCUCUCGGAAAGAAGUGCACUUCGACAGAAGGAUAUAUGUCAUUUUUCUAGCUCUCAUUUGGCCUCUCAAGCAUUCGAUUUAGAAGAGAAUGGAAGUCCAAGAAGACAUAUCGGCGGCAUUGACCCUGGACUGGGCUUUUGGUUUCAACCGGACCAUUGUCGGUGGGAUUCAUGCAAUCAAGGAGAAUACCAUAUUCUACGCAUCAGCGCACGUCGGUGUAAUCUACGACCACGCGUCCGGGAAACAAGAUUGCCUCAUGGGCCACUGCAACGAAAUCGCAGCCCUAACAACCUCCACCGACAAACGCUUCCUUGUAACCGCCGACAAGGGCGCCAACUCCACCAUCAUCGUCUGGGACACGGCGGUUGCGAACAACCGGUCGGGGAGACCGCUGCCGAUCCGGACGUUGUUUGAUCCGCAUGGAGGUGCUGGGGUGGUGGCGGUGGGGUUGUCGGCUGAUGCGAAGUGGCUGGUUUCCUUGGGGGCGGAUACGCCGCAGACCAUCUGCGUAUAUGAUUGGACGGAUGAGGAUGAUAAGCCGUUGAAGACGGCAGUGGUUGAAGGACCGGCCCAGGUAUCACUGCAAGUCAACCCCGCCGAUCCAUUCGAGAUCCUCAGCACAAGUCUCGGCGGCGUAAACUUCUACGUCUGGUCCCUCGAUACGAACAUCGAACAACACCCAGGGUCCCUGAGUCCAAAAGAUUUCAAGCACAUUCCCACCUCCUUCACCCAUUCCACCUUCCUGCCCAGCACGCCCGCGAACUCGCUCGGGCAGGCCAUGUCUGCCACCGCGAUGGGCGAUGUGGUCGUGUGGACGGACCGGAGUCUGGUCAAUUUGACUGAGAAACUUGAGAGGGGGAAUAAGACUGCAGUAAAGGUUAUGAAGCUGCACAAUGGAAGCAUCAACCUGUUGACGAUAGUGGGCGGAAAGUAUCUGGUCACGGGCGGUGGUGAUGGGUUUGUCCGUGUGUACGAUUUGCAGUUCCGGCUAAUAGUCUGGUUCGAGCGUCUCCGCGGCGGCCCCAUCGUCUCCAUCUCCACACUCCUCACCAGCUCGCUCGUAGUCCCAUCAACGGACGACGUCGACGACAAGGAGCAGAAAGCACCGGAAAUCGAUUCCCACCAGGACUUGCCGGAUCUGAUCAUUGCGACGAAACACUCGAAAGUGAUUAAGCUGCUAAGGCCGAUGGAGAAUGUUGGGAAAGAUGCUGCGGCGGGGAAGGGAGCUGUUGCUGGGCUGGGCGCCUCGACAGAGAUUCUCAUGGAAGGGUCGUACGAUCCAGUAGAGGCGCUAGCGGUGCAUCCCGUCCUCCCGCAGUUUGCUGUGGGAGGGGAGAGCGGCAUCUUGAUCGUCUGGGACUACGAUACCAAACGGAUGGUGAUGUCAAAACAGUUCGAUGAGCCCAGAGACUCCAAAGACCCGAUGGCGAAACACCAACCGAAAGAGUUCGACUUGCUGAAAAUCAGCAGUCUCGCAUAUAGCACCGACGGCGGUAGUAUAGCACUCGGCUUUACCAACGGAACUCUUCGCAUCGUAUCCUCCACCACACUACUCGACCUUCCGCAAUCAACGCCAGCAUCGCAUCGGCCCGGUCUUCCCGGCUACGCCGCGGCCAAGGCGCCCAUCACCCGCAUCGCCUUCUCCGACACUUCCGUGGGGACAGCUCAAGGGCUUUGGAUGGCCAUUGCAGACGAAGGACAUGGGGUUGGGGUGUUCCACUAUGGUCUUGGGGAUCAAAAGAAGAAGGAAUGGGUCUUCGUGGGACGGUGCAGGGGGCAUUACAAGGAGAUUGUUGGCAUCCAAUUCGUCCCACCGCAACCAACCCUCACCUUUCCCCGCCUCAUGUCCGUCUCCUCGGACCGCCAUCUUGUCGAGUACGAUCUCGAAUCCUCCAGCAUCACAGCCGGCGUCCUCAUCAGAUCCAAGCUCCAAAUCGACCAACUGCAUCGCCCGCUCGCCGCAGCACUUCACCCGUCCCCACCGCUCCGAGGUCCCAAUGACGCGCCGCAGCACUACAUCCUGACCGCCAACUCCGGAAGCAAAUUCAAGCUGUACAAUGCAGAAACGGGCAUGUGUCGGCGAACGGUGGUUGCUCCCGCGUAUGGUGGCGAUAUCCGACAUCUGCAGUUCGUACCCGCCCCUCGCAGCGAGUCCCCACAACAACAGCAACCACAAAGCGGCUACCUCGCCUACGCCACCACCACAAAAGUCGUCGGCCUCGUCAAACUGCCCCUGGACGGCAACCCACACCGCUCAAUGGGCUUGUACGCGCACCCAGGCGCCAUCGCAGCCAUCGCCGCGACGCCCGACGGCAAGCGGCUGUUGACGCUCGGGCGAGAGGAAGGGGUUGUGAAUCUGUGGAAUUUGAACCCGGCGGAACUGGAUAAGGCGGUGGAGAAUGGGGGGACGGGCGUGCAUCCGUGGCUGGAUUUGCUGUGUGAUGGUGGCGAUGUGGAGGCGAGGGAUGGGUUUGUGAGGGAGAUGGAGGACUAUUUUUACUAUGCUCAGUUGAGGAGCCAAGGUGAAAACGCCGUAGCGGUCCGCAAAAUCAGCCUCAAAGUGCCACUCGGCGAAGUCCCUCUGAUCAUGCAAGCCAUGGGCCACUACCCCUCGCACGAGGAAACCGACGACAUGCUCAACGAGGUGCGGUAUGCAGGCUGGUUCGACGGCUACUCGGCUGAUCUCAUCGAGACUGUUGGGUUUGAUGAUCUCAUUAAAUUAUACAUCAACCACCGCCCCAUCCAGGACUUCACCCGCUCCGAGAUCUACAGCGCUCUAUCGCACGCCAAGCGGCUAGAACCCGGCGGGGCGCCCGUCGUCACAGGGCCUGCGCCGCUCGUCACGGACAGGGAUAAGAUCCGCAAGGAGGGGCUGAUCAGUUUGUUGCAGCAGUAUGGCGAAUCACUAUCAACAAAAGACUUCACAGACGCCAUGGCCUCGCUCCUCCAAGACGACCCAACCUACAUGGGCGCCUUCCCCGAGCGCUUCACCCCGCGAGAGUUCGUCGAAGAAAUCCUCGGUCUCGUUCCGCAAGUGAUGGGCGGUGAGCCGGCGCGAGCGGGUGAGCCCGCCGCCUAAAAUUAUCAAUGUGCUGCCUCUGCAUAGUAGGGAUUACAUGAGCGAUUGAGAAAAAGUCUUAUUUCCUUAUGUAGCCAUGUGAUUUCCAUCUCCCCGAAUCGCAUUCGGGAAGGAUUGGAAGGGGUAUAUAUACAUUUCAUCCGAUAGCGAAAAAUAUAUGGGAAUUAGAUGCGGCUGAAGAAAGAUGAUGCCGGGAGGGAAGUGAAUGCGAG